GGGUGGUAUCACAGGGAGUCCCGUCAUUUGAGUCAGGGCACACAUGCCUCAGCAGUGAGAGGCUCCACUCCCGUUGGUUGGCCAGCAUCCCAGGGUAGACGCAAAGACAGAGAGAGAGAGAGAGAGACUGAGAGGACUGAGAAUAAGAGAAAAAGGAGGAAAAGAAAGACAGCAAGAAGACAAGUAGCCUAGAAAGUGGGAAGAGGAAAAGCUCCAAAGAAGUGGAAGACCAUGGCGGAUCCAGCAGGCUUGCAGCAGGAGCGAGUGGCUCUGACCGAGGUGUCUGACGACGACGAGGAGGUGUCCCUGGUAGCCGCAGCGGUCCAGCCCACCACCGACAGCGAUGAAGACGACAUUUCAGAAGAAGUGGACCUGGUGCUGGCCACGGGCACCAAGAGUGAGGCGCAGGUCAACGGGGUCAUGGUGCUGACCCUGCUAGACAAGAUCAUCGGGGUGGUGGACCAGAUCCAGCAGACCCAGAACGGGCUGGAGGCCAGACAGCAGGACAUGGAGAAGUCUGUUUCUUGCAUCCAGGGAGAGCUGGCCAAGCUGUCCAAGAGCCACACUGACACGGCCAACACCGUCAACAAGAUGCUGGGCAAGGUGCGCAAGGUCAGCGUCAACGUGAAGACGGUCCGCACCAACCUGGAGAAGCAGGCGGGCCAGAUCAAGAAGCUAGAGAGCAACGAGAACGAGCUGCUCAAGAGACGGCACUUCAAGGUUCUCAUAUACCAGGAUGAGAAUAAGGCCGCUAAAGCCUCUCUAAAGUCGUCCAAGGUGGCAGAGAAUGUAGCUGAGGGCUGCUCUGUGGAAGGGGGGCUGGAGCAGAUCCCUGAGGAGGGCGGCGAGGCAGCGCUCACUGGCCUCAACUCAGACGAGGAGGUGGAGAUCGAGGAGAUCAUCGAAGAGUCCCGGGCGGAGAAGAUAAAACGCUCCAGCAAGGCGCGCGUGGACAACAUCAAGAAGGCCUUCUCCAAAGAGCAGAGGGAGAAGAGAGCGCAGAAGACCAAGGACAACCUGGAAAAGACCAAGCAGAAGACCAGGGAUAACCUGGAGAAGACCCGGCAGAAGACUCACGACAAGCUGGAGAAGACCAAGCAUAGCCUGGAGAAGAAGAUGGGCAAGCUGGGCAACAAGAUGACCCCCAACAUGGAGCGGAAGGAGAAGCUAAAGGGCUCCAAGGAGAUGUUGAAGAAGUCUCUGACCCCCGACCACACCGUCUAUGCCCGCUCCAAGACGACCGUGUACCGCGUGCCGCCCUUCACCUUCCACGUGAAGAAGUUCCGGGAUGGAGAGGUGGAAGUGGUGCACACAGAGGGCACAGAGAUGGAGGAGGUGGCCGAGAAUGAGGCCCUGCAGGCGGGAGAGGGAGACGUGGAGGUGGAGGAGCUGGUGAGAGUAGUAGACACCCCAGAGAUGAGUGCUGUCCUGGAGUUGGAUGAAGAGGAGGAGGAGCUGGUGAGAGUAGACACCCCAGAGAUGGCAGCUUUCCUGGAGGUGGCUGAGGACCAGGUGGCAGAGCAUCUGAUCAGGCUGGGGAGUAAGGUCCCUGUGGUGAAAACAAGCAUGAAGACAACCAGCAAAUAACUCUGUCUACAGGGCCCAGCAGGAUUGGAAGAAUGAUACAAUAGAGGGAUGAGGAGAUAGGGGAGAAGAGAGAGGGGGAGAGUAAAGAAGAGGAGAGUAACAUCCUACAUUUGGAUGACAGUGACACAGCAUGCAUGAUAAGGACUGUCGGGACAGUGUUCACAAUCUACUCAUCUUAUAAUAAAAAUUAUAAUAACACAAUAUGCCAUUUAGCAGACGCUUUUAUCCAACGCAACUUACAGUCAUACGUGCCUACAUACAUCUUGUUUGAGAAGAAAAAAAAUGACGCAUCAGGAAUUACUUUCAAUGUAGUAUGUGCUGUUCUAGACAACAACAAAACAAUUAACCCCGCAGUUUUGUUUCUUCCUUACAUAUUUUCUUGUCUUUUAGUUUGUGAAUGACUCUGAUUGGUCUAGUCUGGGAUAUUGCUUGUUGAUACAAUUUUUUGUUGUUGUUUUUGAAAUAGAAUGACCACAAUGCUAAGGGAAUAAAUAGUAGUUGCUAUUGCGAUUUGAUGUACAAUAAUUGCUAACGUAGGAUAAACAGUACAUAACAAUGUAUAUGGAAAUAUCCCCCACUGGGCACAGACGUCAAUUCAUCAUCUAUUCCACGUUGGUUCAACGUCAUUUCAUUGAAAUGAUGUGGAAACAAAGUUGAUUCAGCCAGUGUGUGCCCAGUUGUGGUGGUAUCUUGAGAUUUUCUGAUUUGAUGGUUGGUGGUCAUGUGAUGUGCAGGUCAGAGAAAUUACGUUUUGACAAAUGAAGAGUAAGAGCACACACUGGAAACACCUAAAGAUGGUUUCGACGUGCAUGGGGAGAGACACAGGGGACCGUCUUUUCCUUGACUGAAGAGUUUACAGAUCGGUUAAACAAAUGCUCACAGCCAUUUUGAGCAGCCAACUUUCUACUGUAAGUGUGGGCAUACAAGCUCUGUCAACAUGUCAAGGUUCUGAAAGGACGAGAUAGAUAAGAUAAUGAUGAAGAUUAAGAUAGUUCUCACUUUUCUUAGAGGAGCACUAUGAAGCUUUUAUUUCUGAUCAACAGUGUGGCCCUAUUGGUUGAUUGUUUUCAUUUUGGAGGACCGAGAGGGAGGGUCACGGCAAAUGCAAUAUUAAAAAAGAAGAGGAAGAGACUCACUGAUUGGCAUAAAUGGAACUAUUUUUGCGCGUGUGUAAUGUUUCAGCCGCAAUCUUGAGCCAAACAGGGAAAAACGAGUGUAUCUUUAAAUGAUGUAAUGGGGUUGAUGGAUGCCAGACGUGUAAAGUAAUCCUUCUCUAUAAUUAUUUCUAAAGUUUUUUCACUUAAAAAAACAGGAUCGCAACAGAUCCUAUUUGUUUUGUUUUGAAAUGGAGAAUGAGAAGGAUGAAGGAUUAGUGACGACUCGAAAGAGAUGUGAAUUUAGUUGCAUAGUUUUACCUUCCUUUAAAAAAAAUAUAUGUUUCAUUAAGUUUCUAAGUUGUACUAUAUUGUGAUAUCUGGAAAAUAGUUCUCCUUCUCUCAGUUUUUAGUUACCAGUGUAACCACCAAACUACCUGGUUGUUACUA